AUGAAUUACAAUAAUUCCCAGUUGGAUAAUGAAACACUGGCCAUGCUUAAGAACCCAGCCAUCAGACAUAUACUGCCAGUUUUGUACUCACUGGUGGUUUUGAUCAGCAUUCCUGGAAAUUUGUUCUCCCUCUGGGUUUUCGUCUUUCACAUCAAGCCCAAAACAUCUUCCGUCAUCUUCAUGAUUAACCUUAGUAUCACAGAUCUAGUACUGGCUUGCUGUCUUCCCUUACAAAUUGCCUAUCACAUCAAUGGGAAUGACUGGUUGUAUAGUAAUGGCUUGUGUAGUGUUGUCACGGUGAUGUUUUAUGCAAACAUGUAUUCCUCAAUACUUACAAUGACUUGCAUCAGCUUGGAGCGCUACUUGGGAGUGGUGUACCCAAUGAAACUAGUCAAAUGGAGAAGAAAGAGAUAUGCAUUAGCCGGCUGCAUAGUAAUAUGGACUGUCAUACUAUCAGCCCUGUCUCCACUAGCAACGACAGACCUAACCUAUGAAGUGAAAGAGUUAAAUAUCACAACUUGCUUUGAUAUUCUUAAGUGGACCAUGCUUCCUAAUCGACUGGCUUGGGCAGCUUUCCUCUUAGCACUGUUUGUUCUCUUCUUCCUGAUCCCAUUCACAGUGACAGUGAUUUGCUACAUUGGCAUUAUUUGGAAGCUCGUCCAGGCUUCUCACAGAUACGGCAACGGGCAGAAGACACGGUCAGUCUACUUGGCUGCAAUUGUCCUCUUGGUUUUCAUCACUUGCUUUGCCCCCAACAACUUUGUCCUGCUUAUUCACAUGAUCAGCCGCCUCUUCCUGGAUAAGAGUUACUAUCACAUUUACAAACUCACCCUGGGGCUCAGCUGCCUCAACAACUGCAUCGAUCCAUUCAUUUACUACUUUGCAUCCAAAGAGUUUCAACAGACGUUCAUGCAGGUGAUCGGCCGGAAUGUGCUGCUGAGUGACAGUACGGAGAUCAGGAGAGACAGUGUGUUCUCAGUCAAUGGCAGGACAAUGUCAGCAAGAUCAAUGUCAAGUGGCCCCGGGGAAGCAAUGGCUAUCGCUCAACCAUUUUUGCAAAGGAAUGAAAGUGUUUUUUAA